CCCGCGGCCCAUUCCCCGGGGCGGGCCCGAAGGCCUCCGGAACUCACUGGACCUGCUCCGAGUUGCAGCCCGGAGCCCCUUUGCGUGCACCACCCCUCCUACCAGCCUCUCCUCGCCUCUUUGCUGGCCUUGUGAUUGCCAUGGCAACGGGGACCGCGCUACGGAAGCCGAGAAGGCGGGGGGCCGCAACCUCAGCCAGCCGGAGGAUGCUGAGCCCCGAUCGCUUAGCGCUGCCUGACUACGAGUAUCUGGCUCAGCGCCAUGUCCUGACGUACAUGGAGGACGCAGUGAGCCAGCUGCUGGAGAACAGGGAGGAUAUUAGUCAAUACGGCAUUGCCAGGUUCUUCACUGAAUACUUUAACAGCGUGUGUCAGGGGACGCACAUUCUCUUUCGAGAGUUUAGCUUCAUCCAGGCCACCCCCCAUAACAGGGCAUCCUUCCUACGGGCUUUCUGGAGAUGCUUCCGAACUGUGGGCAAGAACGGAGAUCUGCUGACCAUGAAGGAAUACCACUGCUUGCUGCAGUUACUCUGCCCCGACUUCCCGCUGGAGCUCACUCAGAAGGCAGCCAGGAUCGUGCUCAUGGACGACGCCAUGGACUGCCUGAUGUCCUUUUCGGAUUUCCUCUUUGCCUUCCAGAUCCAGUUCUACUACUCUGAGUUUUUGGAGAGCGUGGCUGCCAUUUAUCAGGACCUGCUGACGGGCAAAAACCCCAACACUGUCAUCGUGCCCACCUCCUCCAGUGGGCAACACCGCCAGCGGCCUGCCCUGACCGAGACCAGCGCCUUGGAGGGAGUGGAAGCUUCCCUUUUCUAUCAGUACCUGGAGAACCUCUGUGACCGCCACAAGUACAGCUGCCCACCUCCGGCUCUCGUCAAGGAAGUCCUCAGCAACGUUCAGAGACUGACCUUCUACGGCUUCCUCGUGGCGCUCUCCAAGCAUCAUGGGAUCAACCAAGCCCUGGGGGCUCUGCCCGACAAAGGGGACCUGAUGCACGACCCGGCCAUGGACGAGGAGCUGGAGAGAUUGAUGGCCCAGCUACCAGGGCUCCUCACCACUCCCACCUCUGGCACAGAGGGUGGCUGCCCACGGACCUCUCCCCGUAUGGGGUCCCCCUGGAAACCCCUCCACCACCCCCGAAAAGUGGAUGCAGAGAGUGACGGCUCCACUGAAGAGACGGAGGAGUCCGAGACCUGAGAGGCCCCGGAGGGCCCGGAACCCCCUGCACAAACGCUCCCCGGUCCUUGCACUGCUAGAGCCCCAGCUCCCGCCCCUCCCUGCCCCUCCCCCUCCGGCUUCAGCAGCUGGGCACUUAGGGCAAGUCCUCCCCGCCCCCUCCUCUCCAUCCUGGCCACAUGCCGCCCUCUACCGGCGCGCACAGGGAAUGACAGCAGCCCGCAAGCCGGCCCCCCUCAGCCUGGCGCUGCCAACCGUGGGGACCUGGGCUUGGCGGCAUCUGCCGGCGGGCCCCCCACGCCCACCGACCUCCCGCCCGCCCUCUGGGGAGCACGCUCCUUGCUGCCUCAGCCCCCAGACUGCCCGCUAGCGGGUGAGCCCGGGGCCGGCCCGAGCCCGCGGCCUCCUCCCCGGGGGCACCCUUCAGAGCCAAUACCAGGAGUGGUGGGAUGACCUGGGGCGGGAAAGAUGGCGACUUCGAUCCCAAACUGUCUCAACUCUUGUUGUGUCUUAAUGUGUAGUGCAAUGUGUGAACCAUAAUAAAGUCCCUUGUGUCCAGUA